AUGAUGAAAGUGUUGGUGCGAGGCGAGCCCGAAGCCGGGGCGCGGCGCGUGGGCGCGUAUCGCUUCCUGCGGGAGCGCGUUAUAGCGGCACUCUCGCUUAGCCCAGUCUACCCCGCCCGCGGCGGCGCGCGGCGCGGGGACACACCAAGCUAUUGGCACUACGAUACUUGUACAUCGGCGACACUCGCAGCGCUUACAUCACAACCUUUGACACCAUUCAUACAGUGGUCGAGGGCGCGUGCGUCAAGUUCUGCCAUACAUUCUUGUGUCUGCAGUCUGACACAACGG